AUGAAGUUCCUCGCCGGUCUCUCCCUCCUUGCCUCCGUGGCUUCCGCCAUGAGCGUUGACUUGACUCAGCGCGGCGGCCCCCUCGACGUCAAGAUCGAGGUCGUCAACAACACCAACGUCAAGGCCAGCAUCACCAACACCGGCAAGGAGCAUCUGAAGGUCCUCAAGACUGGUUCCAUCCUCGACAACACUGCUGUUGAGAAGACCCAGAUCUUUUCCGCUUCCGGCCCCGUCGCCUUCGAUGGUCUCCGCCUCCGCAUCGCCACUUCUGCCCUCCCCGAGGAUGCCUUCCAGCUGAUCGCCCCUGGCGAGACCGUUGAGACCUCCUGGGACUCGGCCGAGGUCCACGACCUCUCCCAGGGCGGCUCCUUCGACGUCAAGGUUGCCGGUAUUCUGCAGUAUGCCCACGUCAACUCGACUGAGCUCAAGGGCACUCUCCCUUACUCGUCCAACAUCGUGACCGCCUCCGUCGACGGCGCCGCCGCCUCCCAGGCUCGCCGCGUCUUCCACGAGAAGCGCUCCAUCGUGCAGUCCGACUGCACCGGCUCCCGCGGCUCCGCCACCCGCACUGCCAUGUCCAACUGCCGCGCUCUCGCCGCCCGCGCCAGCCAGGUCGCCUCGUCCGGUUCCGCCUCCAAGAUGACCGAGUACUUCAAGUCGUCGUCCUCGUCCACCCGCUCCACCGUCGCCGGCGUCUUCGCCCGCGUCGCUAACGAGUGCGGCUCCACCACCUCCGGCUAUGCCCGCUACUACUGCUCCGACGUCUACAAUGCUUGCUCGUCUGGUGUCCUCGCCUACACCCUCCCCAGCGCUAGCUUCAUGGUCAACUGCCCGCUGUACUUUAGCGCCCUGUCCAGCUUGAGCAGCCAGUGCCAUGCCCAGGACCAGGCCACCACCACCCUCCACGAGGUCACCCACUUGAGCCAGAUCCAGGGCACCUCGGACCAGAGUGGAUGCUAUGGCUACAGCUGUGUGCGCCAAUUGUCUGGAAGCCAGAACUUGAAGCAUGCUGAUACCUAUGCCUUGUUUGCCAACUCUAUCUACGUUGGCUGCUAA